GGCUCAUCGGCAGAGAGAAGUGCCAGACCGCCGGGCAUGGGGGCUCCUGCUCGGGCUUCCCCCCGCCUCUGUCGCCUGCUUCUCCCUGGGGGGGCCUUCCUCGUCCUCCUCCUCUACCUGUCUAGCUUGCGUCUCCCAGAACUCCACCGGCGCUCGGCCUGCAUUUGGGGGGGACAGCCCUGCCACUGGCUUGGGGACCUGCCGCCUAACGAAGAAGAGGGAGAGCAGCUCCCUCCUUUGCCUGCCCCUGCGCAGACCCUGGACCCGCUCCUCUGGCAGACCCCUCACCCCCCGUGCCGGGGGCAGCAUUUCCAAAUCUGGCACCUGCAGAGCGCCUUUGCGGCCAGUCUCACCCCCAGCAGGGAGGUCCUCAUUGGGGAAUACCUGAAGGGCUGGAAAGAGUUGACCAAGUUUAUGGACUCGCUGGGCACAGCCUUUGGGCUGAUCACUCGGGAGACCUGGAGCAAGAUCACCAUCAUGCAAGACUACCAGUCUGGGCAACAUGGUGCCCACUACCGCACCCUGCAGUCCAUGGUGACUUUUGAACUGGCCAAUGGUUUGGUGAACUUCCACUCUCUGCCAGCCACCCACCCCCCGUCUGGCUGCCGGACGCUGCUGCGGCUCCACCGUGCCUUGAGGUGGCUGCAGCUCUUCCUGGACAAGCUGGGGAGCAGCGAGGGUGGGGAUGCCUCCCAGAUGUGUGCCAGCGCCUACCAGGAGACACUGGCCCCGUACCACAGCUGGUGGGUGCGGCAGGCGGCUGCCCUAGCCUUCCUGGCCAUGCCCUCCCAGCGGGAGCUCUAUGGCAUCAUCUGUGCGGAGAAGGAGCAGCAUGCUCGUACCACCCUCCUGGCCACCGUGCGUAUCAUUGCUCACGUGUACAACAUCACUCAGGAAGUGUUCUCUGCCCAUGAGAUGCUGGAGCUCCCCUGAAGCCUUGACACCUGGAGCUGCCUAAGGAGCCACGGAAGAGAUUCCCUUCUGCUUCGAGAGAUUCUGACCCAAAGAGGCACCAGAGGACAAGAGUGGCGCCCUCCCUGGCAGGCUGAACUUGCAGGAACUAGGACCGGUGGCUGCUCCUCCCACUGUUGCCAGGUGCUAUUUUGACUGCUCCUUCCCCGGCAAAGUUUGGUCCCCUGGCAUGUGCCAGCAUAGCCACAGGAGAUGGGGACACUGUGCCGCAUGCAAUGGCAAACAGUGUGGCUCCAGUGGUGGUGACAGAAAAUGACCACCCAGACACAGCAGUGCUGACAUUUGCUAUUUAUUACAUUCAAAAACUGGACAAUUAAAGAUACAGCCCUUUUUGCAACCUUUAUUUGCCAUUUGCCUGAAACUUUUAAUUGGCCAAGGCCUGUUUAUUUUUUACCUGGUACUGCCUUGUGAAAGAGGCCGACUUGUUCUUUCACAAGAGACCACAAAGGUAGCCAGGAGACACUCUUUAUGUGCACGUGUAAAGUGCCAUCAAGUUGCUGCCGACUAAUGACAAGCCUGUAGGGUUUCCAAGGCAAGAGGUGUU